UUCGUUCGUGGAGGAUGAACAGCCGCUUGCAGGAGAUCAGAGAGCGGCAGAAAUUGCGCCGGCAGCUCCUGGCCCAGCAGUUGGGGGCAGAAAGCGCUGAUAGCAUCGGUGCAGUAUUGAAUAGCAAAGAUGAGCAAAGGGAGAUUGCUGAAACAAGAGAAACAUGCAGGGCUGCUUAUGAUACCUCUGCACCAAAUGCCAAACGCAAAUUUCCAGAUGAGGGGGAAGCCGAUGAAGAAGAAAUAGAAGAAUAUAAGGGGGAUGAAGUAGAGCUGCAGCAUGAGGAAGAGAACCUGCCCUAUGAAGAAGAAAUUUACAAGGAUUCCAGCACAUUUCUUAAGGGGACUCAAAGUUUAAAUCCUCACAAUGAUUACUGUCAGCACUUCGUGGAUACCGGACACAGACCUCAGAACUUUAUCAGAGAUGUGGGCUUAGCUGAUAGGUUUGAAGAAUAUCCAAAACUCAGGGAGCUCAUCAGGCUGAAGGAUGAGCUAAUAUCUAAAUCUAACACUCCCCCUAUGUAUUUACAAGCUGACCUGGAGGCUUUUGAAGUUCGUGAGCUCAAGUCCAAGUUUGAUGUAAUUCUUUUGGAACCACCACUAGAAGAGUACUACAGAGAAACUGGCAUCACAGCUAAUGAGAAGUGCUGGACUUGGGAUGAGAUCAUGAAGCUAGACAUCGAAGAAAUUGCUUCCCUGAGAUCCUUUGUCUUCCUCUGGUGUGGUUCUGGCGAAGGUCUGGAUCUUGGCAGAAUGUGCUUGCGCAAAUGGGGUUAUAGAAGAUGUGAAGAUAUCUGUUGGAUUAAAACCAAUAAAAACAACCCUGGGAAGACCAAGACUCUAGACCCAAAGGCUGUCUUUCAACGAACAAAGGAACAUUGCCUUAUGGGCAUUAAAGGAACAGUCCGCCGCAGUACUGAUGGAGACUUUAUCCAUGCUAAUGUCGACAUUGAUUUAAUUAUCACAGAAGAACCUGAAAUUGGCAACAUAGAGAAACCUGUGGAAAUAUUUCACAUUAUUGAACAUUUCUGUCUCGGAAGAAGACGCCUUCAUCUCUUUGGACGGGACAGUACAAUCCGACCAGGCUGGCUAACUGUGGGACCCACACUGACAAACAGCAACUUCAAUGUAGAAACAUAUACAUCCUACUUCACAGCUCCAAAUUCUCACCUAACUGGCUGUACAGAAGAGAUUGAGAGACUCCGACCUAAAUCCCCACCCCCAAAAGACCGAGGAGGUGGUGCGCCAAGGGGUGGAGGAAGAGGUGGAACUUCAGCUGGCCGAGGAGAAAGGGGCAGAGAGAGAAAUCGAACUAAUUUCCGGGGAGAAAGAGGUGGAUUCCGGGGAGGAAGGGGAGGUACACACCGUGGAGGCUUUCCUCCUCGUUGAAAGUAGUCAAUUAUCUUCAUCUGGUCCUAAUUCCAUAGCUUCUCCUCAGGGUGGCUGUGGUUUAGUUUUGCUCAGGUUAUACUUCUUGGUGACUCAGCCCAGAUGUUUAUUACUAAACAGGUUUCAUGCGUGGUAAAAACCAGCACAUUUUUUCCUUGAGAAGCAAAAUCUAGCACCAUGAAAAAGGCAAAGAUUUAUAACAGAUUCAGUUCAGAAAGCUUGAGGUCAAAGAUGAGUGGCUUGUUUUACAGUUUCAUCUGGUCUGGUUCCUCUUUCAUUUGUGUAUACACAGAUGCUGUCGCUCUCUCUAUUAUUACCAUUGUUCCUAAACUUUGACCAAUAGUUUCCACUUGCUUUCUGUAGGAGCCAUUCCUUCCCGAUCUAAACAAAUAUAAUUUCAGUCCCCAUUGCAAUAGUAUCUAAUAGGCGUUAAUAAUGGGAAAAUGGCAUUCCAGUUGGCAUUUAAUUUACCACUCAGGUUUAAUUUUGCAUCCAUUAAAUAUGUUAAUUUUUUGUCUUUUAAGAAGUUGGUGACCUUGAAGCGGAUUGUAAUGACUGUCAGCCUUCAUUUGUAUCCCAAUUACACUUUUUCUGUACAAUAACAUAUGAGUCUCAAUACUGGGCUUUAGUUGUAUGUUCCCCUUCAUAUUCUUGUUCUUUUGGCGAGAACAAGGUAAAUUGUAAUUGUGGUGUAACUAGGAGCCCAGAAAGAAAUUUGUUAUAAUCCAUCUUGGGUUACUCUGUUCAUUGAAUGGAAAACUGAAAACUAGAUUUCUUGAUACUCCAAAUACUAAGCAUGCAAUCCAGAAUUAAACUAUUUUAGUCCCACUGAGUUCAGGGGGGGGGGACUCAGGUGUGUGUGCUGCACUCCAUUUCAGUGGGACUGAAAUGUUUGUGUGGAUUGUGCCCGAAGUGUGGAGAUUGCCAAAGGAUCAUAAAGAAUUUAAUUUCAGAAUGCUUCUGGCAAAGACAAAUGAAUUUAUUGCUGCCAGUUGUCAUAUCCUGUGUAUAUUCUAGGGGGCUGUUCACUCACUUCCUCAAUUUGCUUUUUUGCUUUUUUAUUUCAAUGUUGUUGAUUGUAUACGGUGAUAUCUUGUCAGAUCUUGCCUGUGCUCUGACAACAGCGUUUUAAAGACUACUGUGCUUCUAAACCUCUUGUACUUCUGCUCCUGAAAACCAACUUUUAAAUGUCUUUUAAAUGGAAGCCAUGGAUCUUAUUUUACUAUUUUCAAUGAAUAUUAUUUUAUGGGAGGGUGUAUUUAAAUUCAGAAUGGUUAACUUCCACAACAGAGUCAGUACUGGCCACUUUCUGCCUUAAGGUGGUUAACAUUCUAGCUCUGUGGUAUGAACUUACCGUUACCUUUUCAGAGCUGUUGGGUUUGGCGGAGGGACUGGUUUUGCAUUGUUUUCAUGACACUGAUGAUACUGGUUGGUGAGAGAAAAUGAGUUAUUUUGCCUUUUCUGUAUACUGUAAACCUUUCCGCUUUUGAUACUAUUUAUGGUUAAGCUGGGAUACUUGAAACCCUGAUAUUCUUAAAGGGUGGUAUCUUAGUUGCAUACCAAUAUAAUGAGCAAAUUUUGUUCUUAACCAAUUCUUAAUAAGAGCAAGUCCCACUUCCCCCUGAAGGUACUGAGUACUUUGUUUUAGGAAUAGUUGCUUUGUCACAAAGCAUUUCAAGUAAUUUUCACUGGGAAGAGCUUCUGUCUUGUGGGAAGAGAGCAUAGUAACACAGUGGGCAGCCUACCCCUUCUGAAUAAUUUUGUGUAACCUGUGGUCUCCACUUAAAUUCCUGUUAUGUCUGAUCUCACUUAAAACCACCUCACUUCACAGUUAGGCGAUGUGUUAAAAAAUUAGAGUGUUUCAGUUUCACAGGUUUGAUGGCCAAUGGGAUUCUAGCACAGCAGCAAAUUGAAUAAUCCCAUUCUGCUAUUGGACCCUGCUAUUGGAAGGGAACCCAAUGCUAUUGGAUCCUACAGAUUUUUCCAAUGGUGCAAGAUGGAUGAGGGCUGAUCUCAUCUGAGUCCCCUCUUCACUGUGGCCACAUCCCCUUGUGUCCUUUGAGCCCUAGCAUAAUGGGGGGGGGGUCCUUUGAGCCCAAGCAUAAUGGGAGGGGGAGCUGUCAAAUGGGGCCUCUUCUUGCACCAGUGGAAAAGUUAGUAGGAUCCAAUACAAUAGCAGAAUGGGUUUUUUCAGUCUGUCAUUAGAUAACAGCAUGCCAGAACUUGAAUUCUGAUAAAUAGGCUUGGUUAGAUGACUCUGAAAGGCACUAGGAAUUGUUAUUUUUGCAAUAUUCUAGAGCUAGUGAUUUAGAAAGUAAAAUGCCACAGCAGGCAGAUAAUAUAUUUCAUUAUCUGUGUGUCAUAUCAAAUAGUAACAUGCUUAACAACUAUAUCCUGGAAGUCUUCCAGGUGUAUAAGUACAUUUAAAAACAAGUUAUAAUGCAUUUCCACGGUGGUUCUUGGGAGAGAACAAACAGGUUAGUGCAGUUCUGAUAGAAGACUUUGCUAAGAUUGCUGACAUGUAAUUUGAACACAUAACACAACAUUUACAUACCAGAAAUAAUUUCUGCUCUCUCAUUCAUUUUACCAACCUGGCAUCAAAUUGUUUUCUGUGUUCUAAAUGUUGUUUUGGGGUUUCUUUCACCUGUCAGAAAAUUAUGCCUGGAUGAAUUCUGAUGAAAUUAACAAAGCUGGGUUCACGGUGGAUUAAACCGCAAAAGAACAACACUCACCGUGGUGAAUAAAACCUUAAUGUGUUCUGCCAAAAGUAUACUUGUAUCCAAUGCAAUCAUUGGAUAACAUUAACAAUUCUAAUUUCCAGGUUUUCACCAUAUAUUUGAGUAUCUUGCAACUACAUACCUUGUUUUCUAACUGAA